AUGCCCAAGAAACCUAAAUUUCCAUACUGUGGGAAAAAUGUGGCUUGGAAGUCAAAGGGCAUUCAGUGUGAAGGUGAAUGUGAACAGUGGUUCCAUGCAGAGUGUAUUAACUUUAACUCUACAGACUACAGUGCCCUAGGCACCAGCUCAAUUGUGUGGAUCUGCAACAUCUGUGGAGUACACAAUAUCAGCAGGUCAGAUCUACUCCUUCCCAGUGCCUUCAGUAGCAACCUCAGCAGCCAAAAUCUGUUCAGCUAUUUGAACCACACUGACAUUGAAUCAUGCACUACAAAUGACAGCAAGGAUGAAGGCGAAAGUGAUGACUCACUAUGCCUUGGAUCACCAAAGUUCUCCUCCUCACCCAGAACAUCGAAAAAGAAACCCAACAACCCGACAAAGCCAAAGGCAAAAGUCUUAACAAUACUCAACGUAAACUGCCAGAGUAUUCGCGCUAAGAAGCAGUCAUUUGCAAUUCUUAUACAUCAACACAAUCCAGAUGUAGUAAUAGGGACUGAAUCCUGGCUGACGGAAGACAUACGCAGUAGUGAAGUGUUCCCCACUGACCACUACAACAUUGAAAGAAGGGAUAGACCCAACGAUCCCCAUGGCGGUGUUUUUCUUGCGAUCAGGAAGGAUCUUUUGGCAUCCAGAGAAAUUGAACUAGAAACUGACUGCGAGCUCAUUUGGUGCAAGAUCAGCAUGCCAGGAGCCAAGACUCUCCAUGUUGCUGCCUUCUACAGGCCCCACGAGGGAGAUGAAAUGAGCCUCACAGAGCUCGAAAGGUCCUUGUCAAGACUGAGCCCCACCCACUCUGUUGUAAUAGGCGGUGAUUUAAACUUACCGGGAUGGGAUUGGAGAAACCAACAAGUCGGCAAUUGCAGAUAUCCCAAUCUCCAUCGCAGACUGGGAUCUCUCCUUGAUGACCACGGUCUCACCCAAGUAGUUACUGAACCAACCAGAUACCAGAACACACUUGACUUACUCCUUGUCAGUAAUCCAACUGUAGUCAAUGAGGUUACCGUUGUCCCAGGAGUGUCUGACCAUGAUUGCCCUCUCGUCAAGCUAGAUGUGAGACCAACCAGGCGGCACCAGAUGCGGAGGAAAGUUUUACUCUACAGCAAAGCUCAGUGGGAGAAGUUUGGUGAGAGCAUGGAAGCAGUCAGAGAUGAGAUAGAAGCUAAAGUAACAUAUGCCUCUAUGAAUGAACUAUGGCUCAUCUUCAAGACUGGCAUCGAGAAGGGCAUCAAUGACUUCAUUCCUCAAAAGCUGACUCCACACAAAGCCAACUUACCAUGGGUGACAAAUGGCAUCAGACGACUCAUCAAGAAACGUGACAGACUGAGCAACGAGUGCAGACACCUCCGGAAGAGAGAGGGCCUCAUUCCAUAUGCUCUGGAAGAGCGGCUCCGUGAUCUCAAAAGAACACUCCAAUUCGCACUCAGGAAAGCUUACUGGAACUAUGUCGAGUCCAUCUUUACUGUUGAAGAUGAUGACGAAGGACCAGGGAAGUACAACUACAUGAAGAGAUUCUGGCAAUUCAUCAAGAAUAACAGAACUGACAGUGCUGGAAUUGCGGAACUCAAAUCUGACGGCGUGCUAUUCAGUGAACCUGCUGAGAAAGCUAAUGCCCUGAAUAGACAGUUCAAGAAGGUUUUUACCCAGGAAAUUCCAAUCCCUCCUCAUCUGUUGCCAGAUACGAAUCGAUGCCUGACAUAG